CAUCCACCCCCUCCUACCUACUCUCUCUCUCAAUUUUCUCUCCCGCUCUGCAACUCUUUCUCGCUCUCCAAACACUCUCUUUCUCUCUUACUCUAUCCUCUCCAUUUUCUCACUAAAUAUGAAGCAGCUUAUCCGCCGUCUUUCCAAAGUCGCCGACUCGUCUCAGUACUGUCUCCUGCGCUCCGAUUCAACUUCCCGCCGGCCUCGCCGUGUCGAAUCGUUCAGAGUGAAGCUCCAACGACGUCGUAGUGGUGGAGGUUCGCAGCAUGUGGUUCCCGAAGGACACGUGCCGGUCUACGUUGGAGAAGAGAUGGAGCGUUUCGUUGUGAGUGCGGAGGUGCUCAACCACCCGAUUUUCAUCGAGCUCCUCAACAAAUCGGCUCAGGAGUAUGGCUACGAGCAGAAAGGUGUGCUUCGAAUCCCUUGCCAUGUCUUCGUCUUCGAGCGCGUUCUUGAAGCUCUUCGUCUCGGUCUUGACCAGUCACCUGACCUCAACGACCUCCUCGCGUCUCUCUCCGACGAUUUCCUUUAGAAUAUUUCAGAACUGUUCUAAGAAAAUCUUUCGGUUUUUUUUUUUCUUCGGAGAGAGAUCUUUGGUAGAUUUCGUAAUUUAGAGAGAUGUUUUUGUCUUUCUCUUUUCUGUAAAUACACUUCUCGAUCGAAAAAAACGAUGCAGGAGGAUGAACAAUUUAGUUUCUUUUUUUUUUUUUUUUUUUUGGGUGUAAAGGAAAAAUACUGCCUACAAGUGUUCUGUUGCUGAAUGAAAAGUGCAAUGGUGAAAAGGAAAUUACAUGUUAAUUAUUUUUUUUUUGUCAAUUUCUCUUUCUAUUAUUUUUGUUUGGCUCCUUGAAAAUCGCGGGAAAAAAGCUGAAGAAAUGUAAGGAAAAUUUGGAUCUUACCCUUGUGGAGUCGUUGAUCAGAAAAAUGGACAAAAAUGUCAGUAGAAAAAAAAAAAAAUAGAGGAAAAGAUCUUAUUUUCUUUUUGUGUUUUUUAUUUUUUCCCAAUUUUUUUCUAUUUUAACGUGAGUAAGAAGUUUUAUUA